AUGAAGGAGCCUGCGUCCAGCCUGGCGUCCCAUCGGGGGCUUGUCAUUUCAACGGAAUCGGGCUUCUAUGGGGCCAUCCCCCGAUUGCUCACCUACAGCCCAGACAAGAUCUGGACCUUCUCGGCUCCCUUUGUGGUCCGAGACCUCACCGUCUGCAACGCUGUGAGCAAUGUGCUCCCCCACCUCGUGGCUUUGCUCUACGCCUUGAUUCUGAUGAUCAUCUUAUGUUUCACUGCUUUUCCAGAUGGCGAGAUCGGAGAGGGGAAGGCCUGCGAAGUAGGCAACGUCCAAAUGUGCCAGCUGGAGGAGACCAUGAAGAACGCCAAGGUUGAGUUUCGCUUCCUGGUGGCCUUUGUGCUUGCGGGCUUUGUAGCAAUGACCGUGGGAACAUGGCAUUCGCGGAGGACGACGUAUGCUGCCCUUUGCGGCAACGUCCGCAAUCUGAUCGUGCAGCUCGCAACUUUUCUCCCGGUGGACAAGAGCAACCAACAGCUUAUGCAAGAGCGACGCAAGCUGGGUCGAUGGGUGAUUCUGGCCUUUGAACUGGCGCUGCAGAAGGCUCGGGGGAAGAUGGAUGCACUCGAGACGCGCGAGUUCUUGGAAAGCACCAAGACGGUGCUCCCUGCAGAGUGGAACGCCAUGGUCGCCGGCGAUCGCCACACAACGGUCAUCGCUUGGAUUCAGCAGAAGUGUGUUGCUCUUCAGAAAGACGGAGUGCUCCUUGCACAAGCCUUGCCCAAAAUUUCAGAAGACAUCAGCAGUCUGCGUGGCAAAGCCAACGACUUAAUGGGAUGCCUUGAACAAGACAAGCCUUACGCUUAUUCCUCCCUCGUGGGGUUGCUGGUCAACAUCAACCUUCUCAUCAUGUGCACCUGGAAAGGCGUAGAGUGGUCAAUCUGGUGCCGCAGCUUUGGUGACAAGCUCUUCGAGCAACCGAAGUUUUGGCUCGAUCUGCUUGUGCUGGUGGUUUGGAACAUGUCCUAUCGUGCACUCUAUGACCUGACUACCACGCUUCACAACCCUUUCGGCGGAGAUGCGACCGGAUUGCUUCUCAUGUUCCCAUCCGGUCAAGCCACGGGCUGGGCAGCUGCCGAUAUCCUGCUCGGACGGGCACGACCCUCGGCGAAGUUGCCUGUGACGAUCCCGCUGUCAGAGGAAGACGUCCUGCCUCCAUGCAAGCAGGAGAAGUGCGAGUACAAAGAAAAGCUCUUCGGAGGCUGGCACAUGUAUGAUGGCCGAUCAGUGGCAUUCCCGUUCGGCUUUGGGCUGACCUACACGAAGUUCGAGUACUCUCCCGGCGAUAUGUCCGACGUCUCGGAGAGCGCCUCGCGCACACUGAGUGUCGAAGUGAGGAAUGUUGGCGACGCAGCAGGAAGCGAUAUCGUGCAGCUUUACCUCAGUGGCUUUGGCCUGUGGGACUUAAUUCGUGAGGGUCCAAAGACGAUGAGUCGCUGCCAGGCUAGUACGGCAUUGCUCACAGCGGCUGCGCUGCAGGUUGCCCACGGCAGAUGCUGUGCUUGCCGAUCAAGACAUAGGACCUGCCGUCGGGCUCCCCAGCCCCGCGCGGUGGUCCAGAUGCGCAGCGGCGGCGAUGCAGAGACACCAGCAGCGAGCUGGUGCCGCGGCUGCUCUGCUUUGGAGGAUGCCGAUGCGGCAGUGGCAGAGGUACUGGCCGAAUGGCGACGCGCCUUUGGGAAGGACAGCGUGUCUCAGACGAACUAUGACCCGGUCUCUGCAGCAAGCGAACCGCCUGUGCCGUUCGAAAUGGUCGACAAAGUCUGGCACGACUGGCGGGCUGGCAAUUUCGGCGCAAAGUCGCUGGCACAGGCGGUCGAGUCUUUUGGAGAUGCGCGGCUGCGGGAGGCUUUCCAGCUCUUCCCCGACCAAGGAGCCGACCUUUUCUACCCGCAGUGGCGCGGGUCCCUUCGCUGGGAGAAGCCGGGGAGGCCAGCGCCGGAUGAGGCAUGGAAGGCUUCGAAGCGCCGUGGGGCGGUGGCAUCGGAUUUACGCAAGGCUGCUGUGGCCUUGCGCGCUGUGGACACUGCCCGUUCUGGCGAGAAGUUCUCGGGCUUCGCCCUCGUCUUCGUUCCUCAGGCCAAAGCCGCGCAGAUCGAGCGCCUUGCGCGCGAACUCGAAACCUCCAUAGGUUGGCCGACGUCAAUGCCAUUCUUGGCAGUGCCAACACAGGGAGCCACCCUGAUGCUUCUCACCGUCCAGCUGCCCAAAGAGGCCCUCCCACCCCAGGCGUUUUUCCUUGGUCCCCGCGAAUUCGAAGAAGCCGGUGCUGAAGGCUACCGACUGCAGGAGCAAUUAGACAGCGGCAACAAGUACUACACGAAGUACUGGCAGGAAAACGGCCGCACCAACGGAACUGUAGUUGCAUGUCGGCAGAUGCAGGAGCGCGGUCCGCACGACGUUGGGAGUCUGCUCGUGUUUGCCGAUCCGGCUGCUGAGGCAGAGUUCACCCAUCAAGGGCUGGGCCUGUUGGACGCCGCGUAUUUCAAGGCGGUGAAACUGGGCCUACAGACCUCUGGAAGCGCCAUGUACCUCGGCGGCCGCUAUGGUGGUAUCAAGCAGGGCGGGCUGCUGGGUAUCCUGCUCCAGAACCCUGCGGACUCAGCCGUCGGCUUGGGUGGCUGCGCGGCUGUCGGCCCCUUCUGGGAGGUUUUCGAGGCCGACGCCAGCCCGAGGGCGAGCGUCAUCCAGCGUGUUUCUGACCCUGCUUCUCAGGAGAAGGACACGGAUGGCCGGCGAUUGUCCAUGACUACCGCCGAAGCCAUCGCUAGGCUCACCGAGCAGAACAAGCUACAGUCGACCAGUGACCUCUGGGUGGGCAUCCCCCGCGGCGAUGCGCAGCGAGUGCGCGCGCAGUCUUCGGACUGUGGCGAAUGGGCAAUGUACAAAGCCAAGCAGGUCCUCGCCACAGGAAGCCUUCUUCUGGAAGGCGAAGGUCCCGGCGCUGAAGGCGUCGCAUGCCUUGGCCGAUUGGGGCUGCAACCCAUCCUAAAGACCCAGUUCUUCCGCUCUUGCGUGGACCAGGGAAUGCUCGGCCACUUGCAGACCACGUACUCCUUCGAACGGAUGACCGCCACGCCGCGGGCCGAGCGACCCUUCCUGACGCUCGCAUUCGGAGGAGGUGAUGGCCCGACCGAGAGCAUCCGCGAUGAGAGGCUCUACGGAGGAGUUGGACUUGGCAUGGCCGUGCUUGGUGCUUCAGGCAAUACUAUCCCAGAGCCUGUGGAUCAUGACGAGCUGGAAGGCCAGGAGCCAACGCCGCCGACGCUGAUCCACCGGCAAGCAGUGGGUCUGCUGAUGAUUUACCCCUGCUGA